AGAAUCAAACAACCACCUCGCAAGAAUCCUACUGUUUGGAUUUGGCAAGUCUCAGAUCAUAAGUCCUCUUCCCCUCUUCCAUGACCCGAUAUCAGAAUCAUUGCGAAUAAAAUCCUGAGUGUUCACUGUGAUGCUCCUCCCUCUCACAUUCCCGGCAUAUGCAAGCAUUCAGGUCACCUCAUUGGGGUCUAGCGGUUCUCCAAUAAACGCUAUUGAAUCCAACUUUAAUUCGGAACAAACAGCUUCGUUUGCAUCAUGGAGAACCGAGGAUGGCUUCCAUAAUACCGCUGUUGGCAGCUCCACAGGGUCUAUCGACGUAUUCAGUUUCCACCAUCAGACCAAUACUCCAACCUUAGACUCACGUGCAAGACCCACCAUCACACUACCUUCUGAGCACAAUUCACCUACCGCCCCAUCUUCACCAGGAAAAUCUCCCUCGCACUCUCGCCGGCACUCCCGGUCCCUCCAGUCACCCUCGUCGCUAUCAUUCAAUCAAGCUCUAAUCAAUGUGUCCGCCAGAACGCGAGUGGUUUCUGGCGUGUCACGCGAACAAGUAGAAGCCCCAAAGAACUACGUUGACUUCGAUGAUGAACCGGGCCGAUUGAAGGACUUACUCAAGAGCAGCAGCAAGUACGACAGGCGCCCGCGGGAGCGCACUCUUGCAGAUGCAAUACUUCCCAGUUUUGAUAGAGGUGUGGUCGUGGAGCAGUCUCAUGUUCCAGCCUCUCCAAUGCUUCUGCCCACCUCAUCGACCUCAACUUUAGGUGCUUCUAGUACAAACAAAAACAAGGAUGAUCCAAAAUCACUGCUUUCAGUGACAAAUUCUCCAACGUUUUCCCCGAGAUCGGUACCGCCGUCUCCUCGUCAACUGUCCCCUCCCUCCGAUGGGAGAAUAGCUUUCAAAGCAAGCAUCAUUCUUGAUCCUUGCGGACCUGGGAAUGCAGCAUCUGCCAUGCGGCACAUAGAGACGGAGGACCUAUUGGUGGUCCUUCAAGAAUCAGGUAAUUUGUCCGCCUGUGACAUGCGAGAUAAUACGUGUGUGGCAACGUGCAAAUGCACGACCACAAGGUCAUACCAGGAUCAGUUUUGGAAAUGGGAGGCUAUUCGGAUGGUGCCUAGGGGGGACAAAACAUACCUCAUUCUGGCGUGCGCAUCACCCUCGGAGCCUCCUUUUGCAGAAAAGUUCGGCCUUGUAGAUGAGCCUCAUGAUUCCAAAGCGCGUCUGAAUCUGUUUGAGCUUUCUGUGGGGGACCCACAUAGUAUGCAUCCAACAAGGUUCGAGAGGCUCGCCUCCGAUGACUGGCAAGUCGAUGGGCCGGCCGUUGGAGUAGAGUUGCUGAUGAAUGAUGCUGACGGUUCAUUGCAGCUAGUGUAUAUUAAUUCAACAAACUACCUUGUCACUCGGUGCUUGACUAUCAUUCCCGAAUAUGAAAUGCGAGCUCGCGCACGGUCCUUCACCUCUUCUCCAGCUCAUUCUCAAGAUGGUCACAAGUCGUUGGCGAUCCCGAACCCGUUCAAAGCGUUUGGUAGUAAAAGUGCCGAGAGUGUCGCUCUCCUGGGUCAAAGUCAUAGUUCUGGAACGGAGCAGGAGAGUCCCUCUACUACAAUCUCGACGAGCAGCCUUGGGCGAGUCCGGCUGGAGGAAGAAGAAUCCAGUGGUAUUGUGGUCUCAUCUCCAGGGUUUUUGCUUGAAGGCAUUACUGUCCGCUAUGCUAGUUUGAAUGAUAGGAUAAUAGGGCUCGCGUGGUCAAAUACAGAGAUCACGGGAUUCAGUGGCGGAGAGCAAGAAGGAUCCGUCACAACCUUCGACGUUUCUUUCAGGAGCCGGGGUAAGAUCCAAGGUGUGCAUUUCUUGGAUGACGAAACAUUCGUGGUACUUAGCGAUACCAUCUCUCACUACUAUUUGCGGCGCGUCGAUGCCGACAAUAACCCCGCAACCUCCUCUUCCGGAACGUCGAUAAUUACUCAAGCAAUUCAAACAAUGUCGACCUCUGUUGGCCCUUCAUUGAUGCUGUCAUGGUCAAGAUCAUCACCUCACGAAGUCCUUGCGCUCAGGCAGCUUCGAUCGGGGCAGAAGGAGAUUUUCAUCCAUACUAUUAAUCAAGAUGUCUCGACCAAGCAGCAGCGUCGAAGAUUGUGGAGAGCACAGAGUUCGUCUAGUGAUACUAUUCCGGGAGGCGCAACAUUGAUGUCUGUUCUGCCCUUGGAACUUAACUUGGUCUUGCUGGGUUACAGUGAUGGUCACAUUCGACAAACGUCAUUACCAUGCCUUUUGCAGCGAAGGCAUCAUGCACAAUCUGCGCCUCUCUCCGCUUUUUCUUCCGUAUCUGGCAGUGAUGUGUUCUUUGACAAAAUGUCAGACAUGAGCUUGCCCUCGUCUAUAUUGAACAUGCACCUUAUCCGAAAUGACCGCACGGGAGAACGAUAUAUCUUGGGAGGAACGGAUGAUGGUGGUAUUGCUGUCUGGGCACUGGCAUCCCUAAAGCUCCAAGCGCGGUUUACCCCGUUCAUCGUACCUCUAACGCGUGUAGCGCAGGUUCUGCAAUCCAAUGAAAGCGCUGGGCCUUUAGGUGGAUCGUUGCUGUGCAUCUCGGGAGAUGGCACUAUUGCCGUUGUAUCGAUGGAAGGCUUUGAAAUGCUCUACCUUAUUCCUGGGGCAUCGUCUCCAAUAGCCUGCGUCUAUGCAGGUGGGGAUGACAACAAUCGUGCAGUAUUGAUCUACGCAGAUGGGACCGCACGUGUCUGGGACAUUGAGUCGGGUGAAUUCCUUCGUGCAACGACCGGAGAGAAAGCCAGAGAGCUUGUCGAUGCUGGAGGUUGGAACAGCAUUUCCCUCGACAACUCGGAGGUGACCUCCAUCUCCAUUUCAACGCUUAGCGGAUCUAGUGGGCCUGUUUCACUGUGCACCCUGUUGUUGAGUCUAGACCGCUUCCUGAAAUACACCUCCGUGAAUGUCAAAUCAUCGGGACAUGCGUUGCCAUCAUCAACUACCCCUUCAAACGCUACACUUGCGCAGCUUCGUGCUGUACUGUCCGUAUUGCUGACGCCUGGACUUAGUGCUGACAUAGACGAGAUCUGCGAAAAUAGGCUGGGUACUAGUCCAUCAUCGAGUACGGUAGGGUUUGCAUCUGCGCUUGCCGCCACCAUCUACCACCAUGAUCACGCCAUCCACGCUUGGACAAUGUCAGCAAAAGUAUCUGCCGAACGUGUCCUCGCGAUCGUCUCAGUCUUGAGGACAUUAUCCCUUGCCGAAGAGCUGUCGCAUGACUGCCAAACGGUUUUCACAUUCUACUCUACUUCUCUAGCCCACGUCGUGGGUGCGUCAUACCAGGCACCGGACGUUGCAUAUCUGGCUACACAGUGGUUCGACUCGUCUAAUGACGUACGGCAAGCCGCAAAAACCCUUUUUGAUGCAGGGAUCGUGCGUCUUUCGGACGAGGAGAGCAUCGCUCUCGUUGAUGCAUGGCAACAUCACUUGCCAUGCUUGCAGCCCUCCAUCGAGAAGGAAUCUGCGAAAGCUUCGCUCGCUUUGUUCAUUUGCGGAUAUAUGGCAGCUGAGAAAUACAGUCUAUUGACUACCAGCUCACUCGUCGACAUCUCCAAGUCCAUCGCGUUAUAUCUACACGACGAAACAUCUGCACACCGUGGUCUAGCCAUCGACCUAUGCGCACGCGGAUUUCAGAUAUGGCAGCAUUACAUCGAUGCCAUGGCAAUGCUCCGCGCGUUAUAUACCCUUGCUACGAAUGCACGCAAGGAAGCCAUCCCAGCCCAAAACAUCGGGCCUCAAGCACGAUUUGCAGUCUUACAAAUCGCAUCGAGCAAUACGCCUUUGUUCAUGACUACGCUCACACUAGACAUUCUCAAUCCAAAGACGCUGGACCAGCGGAAAGCAGUGAUGCAACUGGUGGCGUUCAUGAUCAGGAAGAGACCCCUGAUUCUGUACCCGAAUCUCCCGAGGUUGAUGGAGGCCGUGGUUAAAUCACUAGACCCCAAUUCGACAGCGAGCCGUGACGCCGUGUUAGACAGCGCCACGGAGAUUAUCGGCCAUGUGGUGAAGACGUUCCCCACAGUCGACUUCCACAUGGCGACUCAACGACUUGCCGUUGGAACGAGCGAAGGCGCUUUCAUUAUGUAUGAUCUAAAGACGGCAACACAGCUAUAUGUGCUCGAAGGACAUAAACGGCGACCGGCGGCAUGUACAUUUUCACCUGACGGACGCCGCCUCGUGACUAUGUCCCUUGAGGAGGGCGUUGUACUCGUUUGGAAAGUUGGCUCAAGCUUCACGAGUUUCUUCAACCCAGGGGCUCCACCCAGACAAGGUCAUGGUGGUUCUCAGCCAUUCAAAACAUUGAAUUUCAACGUUGGCGACGAAGCCAAUAUGACUAUCGCGGGCACAUUGGAGUGGGUGAGGUUUGAGUGGCCAGCCGAACGCUCCGUCCGUCUUCACAUCCGAGAAAGCGUCCUAACGUUUAGUACGUAACCCACGGAAUGUCAUGAUAUAUUACAUUGCAAAACAAGACAUCA